AUGUUGUGCAUUCCGAAUACGUCAUGGUUCACCAGUCGGCAUCAAUCAAUAAAGGUCAUCAGCAGAGAAUUUUCGGUCGUGAGGAGAAGAGGGCUACAAUUGCACUAUGGAGGCCUAUGGAUCUGGGUCGAAAGAAACCCCAAGAGUUUAUUUCCCCUUCAGGAAAAAGGACGAAAUUCCCAAGAAUGUUGCCGACGCAAUGAAAAAUUAUCGCGUGACUGGUUUUUUGGAAGUUCGCUCAAAAGCAUUGGUGGAUCUCGGAUGUGUGCGCUCCAAAUUCCCUGAAUACGGAUAUAGUAUGGUGAUGUGCGAAGUUGUAGUAAGCUAUAAGGACGGGAUAGGACCUGGAAAUUCUUUGACCUUCUACUUUGGCCUUAACUGAGACGGCAGGAAGGAGGAACAACAAUGGAGUUACCUCUAUUCUUAUUUCUCUGAGGCCUCGGAC